CACGCCGCACGCGCACACGACUCCUUCGUCCAAUUUGAUCAAGCCAGCAGCUGCUGAAGACAUGGUAACGUCGCAGACACCAGCUACUAAUUGGAGCUUGCUGGCGUGCUUCUUACUGGUCUUAUGUCAGAUGCGGCACAGAAAUCUCAAUUUACACGUGAAGAUUCAAUAAAUACUCACAAGAUCAAUUGCUUUUCUGGGCCUUGAUGGGGGAGGUUCAAUUGGCACAGGGAGUAUAUCUGCGCGAUGAUCCCGCGGACGCCAGCGGCAAACCAUAUCCGAAACGCCCUGAUCUCCAACCGUCUUGCACCUUUCCAGGGGAUAAAGCCGAUGCUAUUGGCGAUAGUCGCGUUAUCAAACUCCUGGUGCUUCUUCCGCAUUAGUGAAUCCGCGGCGCAAUUGAACUGCUGGAUGAAUCUGCCGGUCCAGAGAAUCUUUGCCGUUAGUGCUAGUUGUUUCAUCAAGAGCUGCCACCGCUGGCCUGAAGCUACGGGCGCGUGGUUUCGGCCGAGAAGCCAGGCUGUUGUGCGGGAGGAAAAGAUGAGGAGUUUGAGGAGGAUGUCGCGCUCGGUGGUUGUGAAGCGCAUGUGGCUCAAGUUUGAGGCGAUUUUUGUUACAUUUUUGAUCAUUUUGCACGCUGCGGAAUGAGGGUGAAACUGUAAGGUGAGGCAGAGGCGGUGAAGUUGCUGGGGUUGCGAUACGCCAGCAGGGUCGAGGAGCACGCCACCUCUUUGGGAUGCGGAGAGCGUAUUCUAGCGAGUCAACUUGAUGAUGUUCUCGAACAUGAAAAACGAUGCCGAGGCUUGAUGAUAAGAGGAUCUGGGAAUAAGCUCAUUGAAGAUUGACGAUAGUGGGUCAUGGCCGAAGCUGGGGGCAUCCGUGUUUUGUGCAGCGGCAUCAGCCCAAGAAUAUGACGAGUAACCACCAAUUGACGGGGCAGUUUUACAAACAUCAAACCCGUGCAUGUAUCUCGAUAU